AUGUUUCUGUGUAGAUUGCGCUGGUGCCGACUAUUCCACGAUACGUGGAAAGCGUGAGUUUUCUCUGCUCCGAUUCAACAUGUCAAAUUUAUCUUGAAUUUCUUCACGAGUAAUCAACAAAAAAGGGACAAGUUUGCGUGUAGACAGUGUCUGCUUACCGAAGAGGCUCGCCUGGCACGGUAUAGACAAAGAAAUUUAUAGAUUUAACGCAAUAAACGAUCGACACCAUGAGCGCAACCCAGGGCCAAGUGAAAUCGGGAAACGGAGUAGUAAAACAGGUUACUUCGGGAGACACUAUCGUCAUUCGCGGUCAGCCGAUGGGUGGCCCCCCGCCUGAAAUCACGAUAACUCUCUGUAACGUCACCGCUCCAAAAUUGGAGCGCUGGAAAGGGAACGAUAGCACGGAUGAGAGUAAAGACGAACCAUAUGCAUGGGAAGCUAGAGAAUUCUUGCGGAAAAAGCUUAUUGGUCUGGAUGUGUUUUUUGUUACAGAGAAAUCAGUGAACACGAACAGAACUUACGGUACCGUAUGGUUAGGAAAAGACAGAAAUGGUGAAAAUGUGAUCGAAACAUUGGUCUCCGAAGGUUUGGUAACCGUAAAAAAAGACACUCGUAAUCCCAGCCCCGAACAGUCUCGACUGAUCGAGCUAGAAAAUACAGCCAAAGCGGCUAAAAAAGGAAAAUGGUCGGAGUCACCAUCCUCUGAGCACAUACGUGAUGUGAAAUGGACUGUUGACGACCCUCGAAAGCUGGUUGAGAAAUUUGGGAAAAAGCCGGUGAAAGCUAUCAUUGAAUUUGUGUUCGAUGGUUCUACGGCGAAAGCAUUUCUAUUACCUGAUUUUUACAACGUAAUGCUGAUGAUAUCGGGUGUGAGAUGUCCUGGUUGGCCAAAUGGAAGACGUGAGAAUUCAAUAGGCGAUCCUUAUGCAGACGAAGCAAGAUACUUUGUGGAAUCUCGCUUGCUCCACAGAGACGUUGAAGUAGUGCUCGAAUCUGUCAACAAUAACAACUUCAUCGGCAGCAUUCUUCACCCAAAAGGAAAUAUUGCAGAAAUUUUAUUGAGCGAAGGGUUUGCCAAGUGCCAGGAUUGGUCGAUCAGCAACAGCAGAGCUGGCGCAGAGAAGCUCUAUCUGGCAGAGAAGGCUGCGAAGGAAGCACGAUUACGUUUGUGGAAAGAUUACAAACCGUCAGGCCCGCAAAUAGAAUUCACUGGCACGGUUGUUGAAAUUGUCAACGCGGAUGCUCUGAUAAUCAGAACGCAAAACGGAGAGAACAAGAAAGUCUUUCUGAGCAGUAUUCGACCGCCAUCUAGAGAGAAACGAGUAAACGAAGAACCUAACAACACGUCUAGAAAAGAUUUCAAACCUCUUUACGACAUCCCCUGGAUGCUGGAAGCUCGUGAAUUUCUGCGUGAAAAGUUUAUCAGAAAGAACGUCAAAGUUGUCGUUGAUUACACUCAACCAGCUAGGGACAAUUUUCCGGAAAAGUUAUGUUGCACUGUCACAUGUGGUAAAACAAACAUUGCGGAGGCACUGGUUGCACGAGGUUUGGUGAGAGUGAUAAAAUACAGACAAAAUGACGAUCAACGUUCGUCUCACUAUAAUCUGUUGCAAGUGGCUGAAAGUAAAGCAGAGAAAUCUCAGCACGGUUUGCAUGCGAAGAAAGAUAUACCUGUGCAUAGAUUGGUGGACCUUUCCAACGAUCCUUCUAAAGCUAAAGCAUUUCUGACGUCUCUCAAACGAGCACAAGGAAUCAAAGGUGUGGUGGAAUUUGUUACGAGUGGUUCUCGUCUGAAACUCUAUCUGCCGAAAGAAGAUCAGCUUAUUACCUUUGUUCUGGCUGGGAUACGAACACCUCGGUGUCAAAGAUCACUGCCAGGUGGCAGCGUAGUCAAAGCCGAUGAGUAUGGUGAGAAAGCGUUGGCGUUCACCAGGGAGCAUUGCUUCCAAAGGGACGUGGAGAUCAAAAUCGAAAAUACAGAAACGAAAGGAAGCGGAUUCAUUGGAUGGUUAACCGUAAACGAUGUAAACAUGUCUGUUUCUCUGGUCGAAGAAGGUCUCGCAGAAGUUGUCACUUUCCCUGAUUUCGGGGAACUAACAAGGACGCUGAAAGCAGCAGAGGAACGUGCCAAAACGAAGAAGCUAAACAUGUGGAAGAAUUUCGUUGAAAUACAAGUGGAGAAUGACAAGAACGAAAAUGACAAAGAAAUCGUCGAGAGAAAGGUCGACUACCAAGAGGUAGUGAUCUCAGAAGUAACGGAAGACCUUCACUUUUACGUGCAAUCUGUUGAUCAGCGUAGUAUGUUGGAAAACUUGCUUUCCCAGUUACGCCAGGAACUCUCAUCCAAUCCUCCUCUCCCAGGUGCUUACAAACCCACCAGAGGAGACUUGGCGGUUGCUAAAUUCACUGGCGAUGAUCAGUGGUACCGUGUUAAGAUCGAAAAGGUCUCCGGUUCAAAUGUAAGCGUAUUUUACAUUGAUUACGGUAACAGAGAAGUGGUUAAUGUUGGAAGAGUCGCUGAUCUACCAUCAAGGUUUGCUACGGAUAAACCUUAUGCCCAUGAACAUAGCCUUGCUUGCGUUGCGCUUCCCAACGAUAACGAUGAUAAAAAAGCAGCAGUCGAAGCCUUCAAGGAAGACGUAAUGGAUAAAAUUUUAUUACUGAACACGGAGUAUAAACUCACCAGUAACGUCACUGCUGUGACAUUGGUCGAUUCUUCCACCAACGAAGACAUUGCGAAAGGUCUCAUUUCUGAUGGACUAUUGCUUGUUCAGAACCAACGUGACAGGAGACUCGCUAAAUUGAUCGAAGAGUAUAAAAAAGCAGAGGAAGAUGCGAAACAUAGUCGGCGUAAUAUAUGGAGAUACGGUGACAUACGUGCAGACGAUGAGAAAGAAUUUGGAUUGUAAAAAUGCUCAAGGAAUGGUUAAAAAGUGAUCGAUACAGGGAAAAAAGACAUCAUGUUAUAAACUGCAUAAUAAAUAUCUAAGAAUCUAUCCGCGUAGAUUAAAAAAAAGAAAUUAAUAAAUGUCCAUACGAGAGUUACACAGUUGCAUUGGUUAUGAUGCGAUUAUAUUUCAUUAUAUAAAAAGUAUGAAUUGUACAUAACAAUUUCAUUGAUCUUGUAACUUUUGAACGGAACAGUGGCAUAAUAUAUUGCGUAAUAUAUUUUCAUCAUUCAUUAUUUCUACAGCGAUGUAAAGUUCUUUUAUUAUCAAUGGAUUUGAAACAAUCGAAACUUUACACGAUCUAUGUGCAAUUUUAUUUUGGCUCGUUUACAUUCUGAGUCGAGAGGAAAAAUAAUUUUUGUACGUGUUUUCUCUGUCGCAUUUAAACACCACCAUAUACGAAUUAUAAAAGUUAUUAUAAAGCUACCAUAACUUUGUACAUUUUGUCAAGCGUUACUCAUUUAACUUAAGUAUGUAAAGAAUUCAUAUCGAGAUGGUAUAUGAUAUUUUGAAUAAAAGUGGCAUCAGUAAAUCGUAGCUAAAAACAGUUUAGCUAUUAAAAUACAAAUACAGUGUAUGUUUGUUACGUGUACAUACAAAUCGUCAUUCAAUAAAAAUAUUCUAUAAACAGUUUCGUUAUUUCUACUCGAUUAUUAAAUUUAUUUUACUUGUUACUGGUGCCGCUUUAUUUGCAUCAAUAGUAGUAUUGAACGAUCGUGAAAACAAUUUUUUUUUUUUAAAUUAUUGUGUACUAACGAACACUGCAAAAAUUAGACAUUCAUAUUUAAAUAAUUCGUUCUAAAAAUAUUUAAUACGGCGUCGAACUAUACUCCAUUACUUUAGGUGUCCCAAAUGAACGUAAAUUUGAUAUGAAAAUUGCCAUUUUUAAAAGUAAUUACAAUCAAAGGAAAUUGAUGUAAUUUAGCGGAGAAGAUUAGCAUGCAAAAAGUAUAAUUUUCGAGAUAUAAAUUAAGGAUGAAAGAAACAAUGAAUGUUUAUAAUCGAAUAUCUUAUAAAUAUUUAUAAAUGUUAUUAGCUAAAAAAAAAAACGAUCAAUUAAACGAGCAGCAUAUUAUUGAAUUGUUCAUUUUCUAAUGAUGAGUUUAGAGAUUUAAUGGUGGAAAGAGGCUGAAGUUAUUUGAACAAUAUUUCAGUAAUUUUCGGCGAACGAAAUGGAUGAAUAUAUUGUAAGAUUAGGUGAUACAGGUAAAAGGUAGAUUUGAAUUCUUUAACACUACUAUAUUGUAAACGCUAAGAUCGAGAAAAGUUUUUUCCUUGUAAAUGUAUGGUAUCUAUUAUACUUGGCAUAUUACGCUGCAUAUUUCUCUCUUAAUAGUAUUCAAAUCGUCAGAUAAAGAAUUAUAUUAAAUGUUUACGUCUCUAGAACGAAUAGAUCUAAAUUUUGAAGAACAAUUUAGGGUCAUAACUUUGUUAAAAGCAAAACUUGCAAAUCUUUCAAAGAUAAAAGCAUCACUGUUUACGUAAUUUAGAAAUGUGA